AUGGUCACCAAGGGAAAGCUCAAGAUGGCCCUGGCCGCGGAGAAGGGCACCGACUUUAAGAAGCUCAAGUUGAAGCGGAAACAGAAGGAGGCUGAGAAGCGCAACAAGGCUGCUCGUCGCGGGGCAGCUGAGGAGAGCGAUGAGGAGGAAGAGGUCGAGAACGAGGUCGCCGAGGAUGACGACGAUGAAGAUGAGGAGGAUGAAGAAGUCCAGUACAACCUAGAAGGUAUCGACGACAGCGACGACUCGGACUCGUCAAUCGAGCUCGAGGAAAAGAUUCCCCGCAAGUCAAAAAAGAACGCCUCGCCCGCAGCAAAGAAGGUCGCAGACGAGGAGGAAGAGGAUGAGGAUGAGGAAGAGGACGACGAGGACAUCCCCAUGUCGGACCUCGAGGACCUCGACGACGCCGACAAGGAAGACCUCAUCCCCCACCAGCGCCUCACCAUCAACAACACCACCGCCCUCCUCGCCGCCCUCAACCGCAUCGCCAUCCCCUCCGACAAGUCCGUCCCCUUCGCCACCCACCAGUCCGUCCUCGCCGAGUCCGAGACGUCGGCCUCCAUCCCCGACGUCCAGGACGACCUCCAGCGCGAGCUGGCCUUCUACUCCCAGAGCCUCGACGCCGCCCGCCAGGCUCGCAAGCUCCUCCGCGCAGAGGGUGUUCCCUUCUCCCGCCCCAAGGACUACUUUGCCGAGAUGGUCAAGGAGGACGCGCACAUGGAAAAGGUCAAGGCCAAGCUCGUCGAGGAGGCGUCCAACAAGAAGGCCGCCGCCGAGGCCCGCAAGCUACGCGACCUCAAGAAGUUUGGCAAGCAGGUCCAGGUCGCCAAGCUCCAGGAGCGCCAAAAGGCCAAGCGCGAGACCCUCGAGAAGAUCAAGACUCUGAAGCGAAAGCGACAAGAAUCUGGCGGUGCCGACCUCGGCACCAACGAGGCCGAUCUCUUCGACGUGGGCGUCGAGAGCGAGAUGAAGAAGCACAACCAGCGCUCCGGCGCCGGCCGUGGUCAGAUGGGCGCGGGCUCGGGAACCGUCAACCACAAGCGAGCCAAGAAGAACGAAAAGUACGGCUUCGGCGGCAAGAAGCGCCACGCAAAGUCGGGCGACGCUAUGAGCUCCAGCGACCUGAGCGGCUUCAACGCCAAGAAGAUGAAGGCCGGCGGCAGCAAGGUUUCCAAGUCGCGGCCCGGCAAGGCCAGGAGGAAGGCCAUGGGUGCCCGGUGA